ACCUGGGGCCACUGGGCAUUAGUGUAUAAGCUUCUUAGAUUUCCUGUUAAGCAGGGUUGACCAGUGUAGGGGCCAGGUGCAUGAUCCCUUCAGAAAUUACCUCCAGACUACUUUACUUUUGUCAUAUCAAAUUAAACAAUGCACGCAGCAGCAAGAGCUUGAUAGUUUAAUAUUUUCAUCCACACUGCUUAAUCUGAUUGAUUGAACUUUGAUUAACUUUGAAUGGAGAGGUUAGUCCUGAUAUUUCAAUACCCCUGUGGUACUCGCUAAGCUACCAAGAGUAAUGUUUUGUUUUUUAUUUGGCUUUAAUGUGUUCAGCUGAGGCAUAAAAAUCCGGGAAUGGCACCAAUUGAAGCCAAAGACACGACACAAUAAACCAAACAUAGGCAUCAAAAAGAAUUUGGGCCAUAAAGUCUUUAUUCACUUCUCUUGUCCACGUUUUUAAUGCGAAAAAACAAACACGUGCAAGAUUUGGACACAAAUUCAAAAUCUAUGCAUAGUCAAAAACAUAUUUAAAAUGUGUGUUUGUGUGUAACAGCGUGGUGGUUGCUUGCAGUAAUGGUUUUAUUGUUCUCUGUAACUUGGUAACCGAAGUUUUACUCAUAGAGUGUGGUGCACUUUAAAGCUGCAAGUACAAAUUUGGACGGUGAAGUUUGUCUGAAUAGGUUUAAGACAGUAGAGAGUGUCUGAAGGGCUCAGACGUCAAUAACCGGUAAGAUAUAUUUUUAAAAAUCACCUCUACUUUACAUCUUCAGGUAAGAGUGUUCUUUGGAAUCCUUUUAUUCAGUUAAUCUUUUCUGUACUGGGAGUAGUCGAUAAUUUAAGUGACUGAACUGUUUUCACCAAAGGUUGCCUGGAUGGUGGAUCUGCCAUGAGGUCGGCGUGCAAACAUCUGCACCACACACAGGCAGGGGAGGGAGUCAAAGCAGAGCUCUGGAGGAGGAAGGCAGCUCAAGACAGCGGCCCAGACCCGGAGACCAGCGCCUGGCGUCAAGCACUCCUGGAAAAGCGCCAUCUAGAGGCGUACAGGAACAUGCAUCGACUCAGAGAUGCUCUGUACCAGCGCUACGCUGCCUUGCUCAAAGACAAGGUCCAUUCACAGAGACUGCAGCUGCAGCAGAGAAAUGAAACCGCCAGAGCAAAGUCAGAGAAUGAUACCAAACAGAAACAAAAGAAGUCGGCCUCCUGUGAGCUGCAGCGCAAUGACUCACACCUGACGUCCCUCCCCAAAACCAGCUACUACCUGAUAUAUGACAUCCAGCAGCAGUUGGCCAAGUGUGGGCACCUGAAAACCCACCACGACUUAGAGGACUUUUACAGGUGCAUCAAGUUCAACAGUUGCCCAUCACAGCUCCAGAAAAGUCUACUGGAGGUCAGGAAAAAGAUGCUCGAAAGCAAAUCCGCCUCCGAUCUCAUGACGCACUUCAAGAUGUCAGAGAACCAUCUCGGGAAAAGACACGAGGAUCCCGCUUCUCAUUCCAGGUUAUUAGGGAAGGCGUCUUCUGCUGAGGAGACUUCGGCUGAGCUGAUCUCUGACGGCAGCCAGGAGACGGAUGAACCUGAGCAAACUUUUCUCAAGAUGAAAGCCCCCAUAUUUGCAACCCUACAGCCUAACUUUAUGAGGAACUUCCAGAGCAAGAUGCCUGAUUUGAAAAUACCUGAGAUUCCUGAGAAGAGCAGGAAGGCAGAGAUUUACUUGAGGCGCCUAAGAAAAAUGUACGAGCUGUCUUUAUCCAACAUGGCAUCUGCCCAAAGACUGCUGGACAGAGAGACAGACUCACUGUGCUGGCAGGAGGAAGGAGGCGUCCAAGACUUGGUCCUUCCAGCUAUUGAAUCCAAAAAGGAGAGAAACCAAAGCAGCCAGCUCCCUCCCUGUUCUAUGAUACAACCGAAAAGUGUCCAGAAUCACAGAUCUUCCUGUUCACCAAGCAGAGUGACCUCGGCCAGCCAUCAAUGUUUUGAGGCUCUGGUUCGGGACACAGCAACAAGCUGUCGGAAAACACCUGAUCCCUUAUCCAUUGAAGAUGUGUUUCGACAAAAGGGUGUAGAAAUAAUUGACUGUGGGAUUAAGUUGUGGAGAAACUACAUAGAAAACUCCGAUCAAUGAAGAUAUCAACACUGUAGCACCUCUUGAAAAGCAAUAGGUACAGUUUUCGGAUCAAUUAAUAUAUUUUGUUUUGUAGAGAUCACCUGUACUCCCCUUUCUUUGAUUUAAAACCUUGUGUUUGGUCCAAAUCACACAAUACGUGUUCCUAAACUUGUGUUAUUCUGAAAUAAAAGUUAUACUAUAAAUGUAUUAAACUGAUA